AUGACGAAUCUCCGUUCGGGCGUCGCAUACCAUCCAGAAAGUCGCCAAACGCAUCGUCCUCGACCCAUUGGCCAAUAUUUGCACGUGGAGUCGAUCGUGAACAAACCCCAAUCCAAACGUUUCUGUUGCAUCAUGAAAAACAUCGGCGUGGUUGCCGCCAUUUGGUGUUGGUGGACGACACCAUCUGUGAUACUGGCGUACACGCUCUCGGCCUCCAGAGUAGAGGGGAACGCACCAGCGGUCGGUCUCGAUCGAACCAACCCUCGACAGCACUUACGGACAACGAAAUCUUUCUCUGUUGGAAAUCAGAAUAGUCGUAGGAAGACGACGCAGUACGCGCUCGACCUGCAUCGAAUGGCUAUCGAAGGGGAUCGGCGAAAUCCCACCAACGACCAAGAAUCGGCACCGCCAGGAGCGCGGCUUAUGGCCGAUGCGAAUGAGCCUGUCAACGACGACGACGACGACAAGGAAAAGAAAAGUUCAGGCACAGCAGAAGGAGGUGACAAUGAUGAUGAUGAACCGAUCCUGAACAUGACGGAUCAACGUGAGAAAUUCGAGACGGAGACCAAUGCUCUCGAAACGGUCGAAUCACUGGAGCAAGAGACCUCGGAAGAAAUGGCAGCACCAGAAGGUGAAGAGUCUUCACCAGAGGACCAAAACGAGCGUGUAUCGGAACUUGUCCUUGGCCAGCCGGCGAACCAGGAUCAGCGCGAUCCUGAACCGUCGACAGAGGGGGGCGACGGAGACGACGACACCGCCAAUGACGAUGGAACUGCGGACGACAACGGCAACGAUGAUGUCAAUGAUGACGGAACAGCAAAUGACGAUGUCAAUGAUGACGGAACAGCAAACGACGAUGGGAACAAGAACGAUGACGUUGGUGCAAAUUCUGGAGACCGGGUGCACAUGGACAAUGAACCAGUAGACGGCGGGAAAACACGAGAAAGUAACAACUUGAUAGAUCCUACCAUGGAUGAUGACGUUUCCAGUCAAACGGAGCGUCAGAGUGUAGACCGCAAGAUUCGACAGGUAGGUAUUCUCAGUGUGCUCAUCGGUGUCUUGGCCAUGAUUUUUACCGCCUGGCAAAUGUCGGAUAAUCCAGACGGUAUGUAUGCCGCAAUGUGUCGAUUGGUAAUUACGAUAAUGGGUUUGGUGCUGGGUCUGAUUCUCCGCCCUUGCCGCAUCUGCCUCGGAGGACCGGGCUCGAACCGGCAUCAACAGGGACACAUACCUGUAUCCACCAUGGAUUACGGCUACCGAGAUCCAUCUCUGGAAAUGUCCUAAUUGCAAGAGAGCUCCCACGGAGUAGCUAUGCUGGUAGCUCCAUAAAAGUUUUUUUUUCGCUCACGUAAAUUUAAUCACUGUUUUGCUUUGUCUUGUAAUCUGAUUUGUGGUGUAGCUGCUGACAGUGUUUAUUCGCA